UGAAGCAGUCAUAUGCUGCAAAGCCCGACACAGAUUUGAAUGCGUAGAGUUGCCAUUGCACAGCUCGUUUCGUUGUUUGUAUGCGUCUUUCUAUAUAGAUUUGGGUCCCCCACGUCCCUCCCCUGUGUUUGACAGCAUCAAUCAUCUGUGAAUUUUUGGAAAGCACAGUGAUUUUUGUGUGAGACCUUCCUUCCCUUUCCCUUUUACGUCUCUCUUCCGUUGCGGAAAAGCACCUCACCUUUUUCUGCCCUUCUCACGUGCUUCGAAUCCUCUUCUCCUCCAUUAUUCACACACACUCUCUCUCUCUCUCAAACUCUCUGCAUGUUAUAUCAAUUGCUAUAUAAUGUUUUAUAUGUUCCAUUAGUUUCUCUCUCAAAGGGAUAAUGGCACUGCUUGAGACUCUUGCAUCUAAUGAGCUUUUCAACUUCAUUAUCCAUGACACUAUCUCUGCAACGCCAUUUAGUCACCAUGAUUCCUCCUCGGAAGCUAAUGUCUUGUUAGAAAACAGAGUUAAUCCUCUGGAACAUGACCCUGCGCUGUUCAGUAAUCUCUCUUCUUCAAGGAAACGCCAUUCUGAUGAGCUUCAGGUGCCUAUUGUGCAAGGGAGGAAGAAGAGGAGAAGGAAGCCGAGGGUUUGUAAGAACAAAGAAGAAGCUGAGACUCAGAGAAUGACCCACAUUGCAGUUGAACGAAACCGCCGCAAGCAGAUGAAUGAGCAUCUCGCAGUCCUGCGUUCACUCAUGCCUGAAUCCUAUGUUCAAAGGGGUGACCAGGCUUCUAUAGUUGGUGGUGCUAUAGAAUUUGUGAAGGAGCUUGAGCAUCUGUUGCAGUCACUUGAAGCUAAGAAGUUGCAGCUUCUGCAACAAGAAGUAGCACAAACUAAUGAAGAGUCUUCUUCUUCUUCCAUUUUCAAACUCAUGAGUCCCCCUUUUGCACAAUUCUUUGCGUAUCCUCAGUACACAUGGUCUCAGGCUCCUACCAAAUACCCAUCCAAGACUAAAGCAGCCAUAGCUGAUAUUGAGGUCACCUUGAUAGAGACUCAUGCAAACCUUAGAAUUCUCUCACGGAGAAGCCCCAGACAAUUGUCGAAGCUGGUCUCUGGUUUCCAAACACUCUACCUCACCAUCCUCCAUCUUAAUGUCACCACCAUCGACCUGGUGCUUUAUUCUAUCAGUGCCAAGGUUGAAGAAGGAUGCCGCCUUGGUUCGGCGGAGGAUAUAGCGACAGCAGUUCAUCACUUGCUCAGAAGAAUUGAGGAAGAAGACUCCCUUUGCGUUUGAUGAAAGAGUGACACAUGUUUUGACGAAAUGACCAAACUAACCCCUUCCUCUUAGAAAGGAGAGUUUGGGUAAAUCUUGUUUUUUUUUUUUUCUUUUUCUUCUUUGUGUGCAUGUAGAGAUGAUGUGUCAAAGGUUAAUCAAAAGGUGAGAAGUCGAUGGCUUUUUGGUAAUUUUGACUCCUUAGAAGGAAUGGACAGCCUUGUGAGGGUAUUAUUAUUAUUAUUAUUUUGUUUCUUGACCUGUUGUGAGGUUAUUAUUAGAACUUUACAGGAGAUUGCAACUGGAAUCUUGUUUGGAGUUGGGCUGUGUUAUCCUCUUCCCUGGCCCAGUAUGGGGAUGACGCUGCUUUUGUGUAACUUUGUCUUUCUCUUUUCCUAUAAAAUAAAAUAAAAACCGAACAUUGUCCUA